CCAAUGGAGAAUAGCACAGAAGCGACAGAGUUCACCCUCUUGGGAUUAACUGAUGACCCCAAUCUUCAGGUUCCCCUCCUCCUGCUGCUUUUGUUCACCUACCUCCUCACUCUGGCUGGAAAUGGGGGAAGGAUGGCAAUCAUCCACUCAGACUCCCAUCUUCACGCUCUGACGUACUUCUUCCUCAGCAACCUCUCCUUUGCAGACCUGGGUGAUUCAUCAGCCGUAGCUCCUAAGAUGGUGGCUGCAUUGCAGUCAGGGAACAAAGUCAUCUCCUACAAUGGAUGUGCUGUCCAGUUCUUCUUUGUGGGUUUUGCCACGGUCGAGUUCUACCUCCUGGCCUGCAUGGUCUAUGACCACCAUGCAGCUGUCUGUAGACCUCUUCAUUACACCACCACCAUGACAGCAAGUGUGUGUGCCCUCCUGGCUAUUGGCUCCGAUGUCUGUGGUUUCCUCAAUGCUUCCAUCCACACAGCAGACAACUUUAGAUUCUCCUUCUGUGGUUCUAAUGCGAUUAAUCAUUUUUUCUGCAACAUUCCCCCACUCCUGGCUCUCUCAUGCUCCAACACACGCAUCAGCAAGUCAGUCGUUUUCUUUGUCAUUGGCUUCAAUGUCUUUUCCACUCUCCUGGUCAUCCUCAUCUCUUACCUAUUCAUAUACAUUGCCAUUCAAAAGAUGCAUUCUGCUGAAGGACAGAAGAAAGCCUUCUCCACUUGUGCGUCCCAUCUCACCACAGUCUCCAUCUUCCAUGGUGCAAUCAUCUUCCUGUACUUACAGCCCUCCUCCAGCCAGUCCCUUUAG